AUGAAGUUCGUGUAUAAAGAGGAACAUCCAUUCAAGAAGCGCCGCUCUGAGGGUGAGAUCCGAAAGAAAUACCCGGACCUCCCGGUGAUAGUAGAAAAGGCCCCCAAAGCUCAGAUAGGAGACCUGGACAAAAAGAAAUACCUGGUGCCUUCUGACCUCACAGUCGGUCAGUUCUAUUCCUUGAUCCGGAAGCGAAUUCACCUCCGAGCCGAGGAUGCCUUGUUUUUCUUUGUCAACAAUGUCAUUCCACCCACCAGGGCCAGGAUGGGUCAGCUGUACCAGGAACACCACGAGGAAGACUUCUUUCUGUACAUUGCCUACAGUGAUAAAAGUGUCUAUGGCCUGCGAAGCUGCUGCGCCUGUGGUGGGCGUCCCAUUCUACAAAGAGAGGUGCCCCCCCCUUCCUUGACCUCUCUUCAGGACCUGCACUUCCUAAUAUUGGGGGCUCUUCUCCAGAACCUCUUAACAGGAGGGUUAAUGGGGGAAAUGGUCUCUAGUACCUCUCCUUUCUCUAUUUUUCCCCUUUCUCUGCCACCUUUCCCACUCUGCUUUAGACUUCUUGAUUGUUGA